AUCGUGAAACCGGCGUGGAGCCCCCCUCCCCUGACACGGGGGCGGGGCCGGGUGCCGAGAGGGGCACGGCCUAUGGAGUCACGUCAGCGUGGGCCGGCCCAAGGGGGGUGGGCAAAGCCCUGAUGAGCGCUGGACCCGUGCCGCAAGAAGCGGCAGCGAGCACCACCUCUGCCGGGCGGGGCGGGCUGCCAUCAGCGUGGGCCGGCCCAAGGGGGGCGGGCAAAGCCCCGAUGAGCGCUGGACCCGUGCCGCAAGAAGCGGCAGCGAGCACCACCUCUGCCGGGCGGGGCGGGCUGCCCGGCCGCGGGGUGGAGGCGGUGUGUGUGUUUGAAGGCAGAACCUACUUUGAAGGACAAAGAGAAACUGUGUACUCAAGCUCAGGGGACUGUGUUCUUUUUGAGUGCAAGGACCACAAAAUGCAGCGAAUUCCAAAAGGCAGCUGUCCAGCUUUGAACUGCCCAGAAUCUCAACAGAUCCCCUUAUCUCAAAGUUGCUGCAAAGUCUGUAGAGGCCAUGACUUCUGCACUGAAGGACAUAACUGUGUGGAGCACUCUGUGUGCCGGAACCUGGAGGACAGAGCUGUCUGUAGCUGCCGAGACGGCUUCCGAGCCCUUCGAGAGGACAAUGCCUACUGUGAAGAUAUUGAUGAGUGUGCUGAAGGACGGCACUACUGUCGUGAGAACACCAUGUGUGUAAAUACACCAGGAUCUUUCAUGUGUGUCUGCAAAACUGGAUAUAUUCGCAUUGAUGAUUAUUCGUGUACAGAGCAUGACGAAUGUGUAACAAACCAGCACAACUGUGAUGAGAAUGCGCUCUGUUUCAACACCGUGGGCGGGCACAACUGCGUCUGCAAGCCGGGUUACACGGGAAAUGGUACCAUCUGCAAAGCAUUUUGCAAAGAUGGGUGUAGGAACGGAGGAGCCUGUAUUGCUUCCAAUGUGUGUGCCUGCCCACAAGGCUUCACUGGGCCCAGCUGUGAAACUGACAUUGAUGAGUGCUCGGAUGGCUUUGUUCAGUGCGACAGCCGUGCUAACUGCAUUAACCUGCCCGGCUGGUACCACUGCGAGUGCAGAGAUGGCUACCAUGACAAUGGAAUGUUUUCACCAAGUGGAGAAUCCUGUGAAGACAUUGACGAAUGUGGAACUGGAAGGCAUAGCUGUGCCAAUGACACUGUUUGCUUUAACUUGGAUGGUGGGUAUGACUGUCGGUGUCCCCAUGGCAAGAACUGCACAGGAGACUGUAUCCACGAAGGCAAAAUCAAGCACAAUGGUCAGAUUUGGGUGCUGGAGAAUGACAGAUGCUCUGUCUGCUCGUGCCAGAAUGGCUACGUGAUGUGCCGGCGAAUGGUCUGUGACUGCCAAAAUCCCACCGUUGACCUCUUCUGCUGUCCUGAGUGUGACCCAAGGCUCAGCAGUCAAUGUUUACAUCAGAGUGGGGAGUUUUCCUAUAACAGUGGUGAUUCCUGGAUACAGAACUGUCAGCAGUGCCGCUGUCUGCAAGGAGAAGUUGACUGCUGGCCCUUGCCAUGCCCAGAGGUGGACUGUGAAUUCAGUGUCCUGCCCGAGAACGAGUGCUGCCCACGCUGUGUCGCUGACCCCUGCCAAGCCGACACCGUUCGCAACGACAUCACUAAAACUUGUCUGGAUGAAACCAAUGUCAUUCGCUUCACUGGAUCUUCUUGGAUUAAGCAUGGCACAGAGUGCACCCUCUGCCAGUGCAAGAAUGGCCAUGUCUGUUGCUCAGUGGAUCCACAGUGCCUUCAGGAACUGUGACACCAACAGCUAUCCCACAAGCAGUUUCUGGAUAAAGAAUUUUCCUUCACAGAAAUAGACCUUCAGACCAAAAAUUGUUCAAAAUUAAAACUAAAAUUAGGUUGGUUUUGUCUAUCUGAAGUGCAGAUAUGUGAUGAACUCGGUUACCAGAAUCAGAGUGAAAUUUAUGGGACUCAAGACAAGCUCAGACGUGUAAACCUUUGUAUGAGGUUAGGCUCAAAUCUUCUGGCUGUUUGUCUGUCUGGCAUCCUUGUGCAGAAUGUUUAGGUUAGUGUAAAGUGACACAUUGUAAUGCUGUACAUAAUGAUGUCAAGAUCUAAAAUCAACUAGGAGCUCUUACAGGGUCUUCUGAAGCUUUGAGAGUCCAACGCUUGACCAGAUGCAGCAGAUUUACCUAAUCAUAUUUGGAACUGCACAAGUGUUUGAUUGCUUACUGCAGAACUUAGCAGAUGUUUGAGUAAAAGGAUGAAGCCUUCAGGAAUAAUGAACCUAGCAGCUAAGAUGUGACAUGUACAGUAUGUGCGCUGAAAAAAAAAGAUAGAAGUUAUUGUAAAAAACAAAAACAA